AUGUGGAAAACAGCGGCUUUCGUUUUGCUCGCUGUGCAGGUAUACUUACUCACCGCAACUGCUCUACCGCAUGUCUCGAGCUUCUGCAAGCGACAUUCCGAACAAACUACAAAUUUGCCAAAUGUCAUUAUUUUUGGCAAGGGAGGCAUUAUCGCAAGCAAGGGAGCGACGAACACCCAAACCACUAACUACAAGGUCGGGGUCACCGUCGAGGCACUAGUUGAGGCGGUGCCCGAGCUAUGCGAUAUCACGAAUGUAUCUGGUCGACAAGUGUCAAACGUGGACAAUGGAUCACUCAACUCCACUAUCUUAUUGAGCCUUGCUCGCUACAUCCAUGAAGAUGUGGCUGAUCCAACUUCGCACGGCACUGUGGUUACGCAUGGAACCGAUACUUUGGAGGAGACGGCCUUCUUUUAA